AUGGAAAAAGAAAAAUUUGUUCAACAUGAAGAUUUAAGACAUCAAGUAGAAUAUUCCAAAUCAAAUAGAUCGUCAUGUAAAAAGUGUAGAUCAACUAUAGCAAUGAAUGCUAUUCGUAUUGGUGUUGAAACUCCUUCCCGUGUUUUUGAUGGCUAUGAUGUUAAGUGGUACCAUUUAUCAUGUGUAGAUUUUGCCAAGUCCAAAGUAUUUUAUAUUAAUCAAUUAAAGCAUUAUGAACUAUUAAGAUGGGACGAUCAAAUUAAUAUUAGGGCAGUUUUAAAACAAUCUGAUGAUAACUUAGAUUCAUCAUUAAAAACUUACUAUGAUGAAGUUUGGAGAGUUAAAGAUAUUAUUGGUGAACAGUUAAAGCCAGCCAUUAUUAAAAAGUUAUUUUUAGAAAACUAUCCAAAAUUAGAUUCACUCUCACCAAAUUACAAUCUUCAUUUUCUUGCAGAUGGUCUAGUAUUUGGUAGAAAUGGUCCAUGCCCCACAUGUAAUGGUUUAACAGUUUUAUAUGAUGGCAAGAAUUAUUAUUGUAGAGGUUAUACUUCAUCUUUUUCACGUUGUAAUUGGCAUGGCAGUUCAAAUAAAAGAUAUCGUUGGGUUCUUGAUAAAAGUGUGAUACCAUCAAGCGCAAAGUUCUUUAAAGAUUUUCAUUUCUCUCACAUUCAUCCACACGAAAACUUGGAUUUGGAGAGUAUUGUUCCAUUGGGCAGCACUAGUAAUUGGAUCGAUAACGAAGGUAACAAUGAAGAAUUAAUCGACUCUGAACCAUCAGCAAAAACAUUUUUAUUUAAAGAUAACAUCAAAAAGGACUCAGUUUUAUUAAAAGUCGAUCCAGAGUUCAGCAAAGCCAAAUCAGGUGAGAUUGUGGUAAAGAAUGACGAAGAAUAUGGCGACUAUGCUUUCAAUAUUAGCAUGAGUUAUACAGAUUUGGUCCAUAAUAAUAAUAGCUUUUAUAUUUUACAACUUAUUAAAGUCCGUUCAACUUAUUGGGUCUAUUGCAGAUGGGGUCGUAUUGGUACCUCCUCUGGUGGUACAAUGGAACACGAUCAUUCGUCCUUUGCCAGUGCAUCAAAAGAAUUUGAAGAGCGUUUUGAAGAUAAAUCGGGUGUAAAAUGGUCAGAGAGAGCCAACUACAAAAAGCAAAAUGGUAAAUACUAUUUGGUAGAUCUCGAAGAUAAUGUUAGUACUGAUGAUUACUAUGAUGGCUCAUCAUCCGAACCACAACCAUCCUUUGAUACCAAGCCAUCCAAGCUUCCAGUUGCUGUACAGGAACUAGUUAAAACCCUUUUCGAUAGUGACCUAAUGAAGAAACAACUAUCUGCACUUCAAUUUGAUGAAAAAAAGAUGCCACUCGGCAAAAUUUCACAAAAUCAAGUUAAAAUGGCAUACAAGGCUUUAACCCAAAUUCAAGAUAUUAUUGAAACUGAUGAAAAAGAAAACCCAUUGAAACAAAGUCAAUUAAUGGAAGCCUCAUCACGUUUCUAUACUAUUAUUCCACAUUCGUUCUCAUCUAUUGGUUCAAAGAUCCCCGUUAUAAAUAGCACAGAGCUUUUAAUUAAAUCCAUGCGUUUAGUUGAUGCACUUAGCGAAAUUGAAGUUGCCAACAACCUUAGAAAACUCUCUCAAAAAGCUUCAUCUGGUAAUUCAAUUGAUGAUAACUACUCCAUUCUUAACAGCAAGCUUGAAGCAUUAUCAAGAGAAUCCUCAUUAUUCAAAAAUGUCGAAGACUAUCUUUUAUCUACAACCGAUCCAAACAUCGAGAACCUUUCUAACUUUGAAAUUCAAGAUAUCUUUUCAGUUGAGAGAAACGGUGAAGAGGAACAAUUUAAACAAUGGGAAUUCAACCAACGUAUGUUAUUAUUCCAUGGAUCUAGAAUUACAAAUUGGAUUGGUAUUUUAUCAAAUGGCUUUAGAAUUGCACCCCCUGAAGCUCCAAAAACUGGUUAUAGAGCUGGCAAAGGUUUAUAUUUUGCUGAUACAAUCAAUGUAUCAUUGGGUUAUUGUUACCCAACCAAAGAGUAUCCAGUUGCAGUGUUAUCAAUUUGUGAUGUUGCACUAGGUUCAUCUUUACCAAUUUAUCAAGAUACCUAUAUGGAAGAACCAAUGUACGGUUUUAAUAGCACAAAAGCAAUAGGUAAAAAAGCUCCAGCACUUUUUGACUCUUUAAGAGGAAGUAACAGUUUCGAAGAAGAAUCAACAAUCCAAGUCGGUCCAAUCAUAGAAUCUAGUGUUAUCACAUCUUUUACUCAUAAUGAAUAUGUAAUUUAUAACAAAUCACAGUGUAGAACUAAAUACUUGGUUUUAUUAAAACUAAAAUAA